AUGAGGUCGAUUGCCGGGAAUGAGUUCGUUCUAUUUUUUGGAAAUGGAAGGAUUUGUAUUGAAUCGGAUUCAAAGAUUAUGGUUGAGAUGGUCACGUCUGCUAGUAGCGCAGGUAAUCUUUUCUUGACUGCUGCCGCUCAAAACCUACUGUGUGUCAAAUUAGCUGAGGGAGUUGGGGUUAAAAUUCCAAAUCGAUGGGCUACCUGGCUCAAGUUUGCUAGUUUGCCUACAUGUAUAUCUCUUCUAGCAACCCCAAUUAUCUUAUACAAGAUCUUUCCUCCUAAAACCAAGAACACACCUGAUGCUCCUGCCAUGGCCAAGAGGAAACUAGAGCAGAUGGGUCCUGUCAAAAGGGAUGAAUGGGUGAUGAUUGGUACCAUGCUUGUUACAGUGGCAUUAUGGAUUUCAGGAGAUGCUCUGCAUAUGACAAGUGUUGUUGCAGCACUGCUGGGCUUAUCAGUACUACUGCUAUUAGGAGUACUUGAUUGGGAUGAUUGCUUAAGUGAAAAGUCUGCAUGGGAUACCUUGGUUUGGUUUGGGGUACUUGUGGGCAUGGCAAGCCAAUUGAACACCCUUGGUAUUGUACCCUGGAUGUCUGAUUGUGUGGCCAAAUUGCUUAAAUCUUUAUCACUGGGCUGGCAUGCCUCAUUUGGUAUCCUUCAGGCAGCAUAUUUCUUUAUCCACUAUCUAUUUGCAAGUCAAACUGCCCAUGUUGGAGCUCUAUACUCGACAUUUCUUUCAAUGCACUUGGCAUCUAAAGUGCCCGGUUUGUUGGCAGCGCUGGCUUUGGGAUACAAUACCAAUCUUUUUGGUGCACUAACACAUUAUAGCAGUGGUCAGGCUGCUGUAUACUAUGGAGCUGGUUAUGUAGAACUUGCUGAUGUUUUUAAACUGGGAAUUGUAAUGGCUCUUAUUAACAUUGUGAUAUGGGUAUUAGCUGGAGCUCUUUGGUGGAAGAUUUUGGGCCUUUAUUGA